GGAGUGAGAGAGAUUGAAAGUGUGGGGAGAGCAGGUGGUCUGUCGUGUCAAGGAUUUUAUGUCAAAAGUACAGGUUCUAGAAAGCGUUUUGCCCUCAGAGAUAUUCGUCAUGGAGAUGUGUUCAUAGGGACCUCAGUAAUGGGGCCCUUAAGGACAGAACACGCUCAAAAGAGAUGAAAAGUCUGGUAAAUGUAGGAGGGUGAAGCUGUAGAUCCUUUGGCCCAUAAUGCCCGUUGGUGAAACAAGUGAAUGAAGACCACGUGACCGACACGGACCAAUCAGCGGCCUCGGAUUACCAACGGACCAAUCAGCGGCCUCGGAGAUUACCAACGGACCAAUCAGCGGCCAGAGAUUACCUACCAUCUCGAAGUCACACGUAAACAAGGAGUUCUCCUGAAAAGUACAAAAUAAAGCAGCUGGAAAUGGAGGAUACUGCAAAGAACCAGGUUGUAAAGGAUACAGAUGAUCAGCAGCAGCCGCAAUCACAGCAGCAGCCCCCACAGCAGCAGCAGCAGCAGCAGCAGCAGCAGCAGCAGCAGGAGCCGCAGCAGCAGCAGGAGCAGAAGGAUGAUGAUAAGCAAAAACCGCCAGCCGGUGGUGGCAGUGAUGGGCCUGUGGGCUCCGCUGCCACCACUAAGGAUGGCGUUCCCCCUCCUACACAGAUUAAUAAAAUAAAAUUUGGCCCUGGGGCUCCUCUUAUUAAGAAGGACAAGCGGCAGUCAUCGUCACGCUUCAACAUCCCCAAGAACAGAGAAUUACAAAAGCUGCCAUUACUCAGAGAUGCCCAGCCAAAUGAGAGGGAGGAGCUCUUCAUCCAGAAGAUCCGGCAGUGUGGGGUGCUCUUUGAUUUUGUAUCGGACCCCCUCAGUGACCUGAAAUGGAAGGAAGUUAAACGAGCAGCGCUAAAUGAGAUGGUGGAGUAUGUCACGACUCAGCGGCAGGUCAUAACUGAGGCGGUCUAUCCAGAAGUAGUUCAAAUGUUUGCUGGGAAUCUUUUCCGAACCUUGCCCCCUUCUAGUAAUCCGUCAGGAGCAGAGUUCGACCCAGAAGAGGAUGAACCUACUUUAGAAGCUGCGUGGCCUCACCUACAACUGGUCUACGAGUUUUUCCUGAGGUUCCUCGAAAGCCCUGACUUCCAGCCCUCCAUCGCCAAACGUUUCAUUGACCAGAAGUUUGUGCUGCAGCUACUAGAGCUGUUUGAUUCUGAAGAUCCAAGAGAGAGAGAUUUCUUGAAGACUACCCUACACAGAAUAUAUGGCAAGUUCCUAGGUUUGAGAGCAUUUAUUCGCAAGCAAAUCAACAAUAUAUUUUACAAGUUCAUUUAUGAGACAGAACAUCAUAAUGGUGUGGCAGAGUUAUUAGAAAUUUUAGGAAGUAUCAUCAAUGGGUUUGCACUACCACUUAAGGAGGAGCAUAAAGUUUUCCUCUUGAAAGUACUAUUGCCACUUCACAAGGUUAAGUCCUUGAGUGUGUACCAUCCUCAGUUGGCCUAUUGCGUUGUCCAAUUUUUGGAGAAAGACCCUUCAUUAACAGAGCCUGUUAUCAUCUCCCUGCUCAAGUUUUGGCCAAAAGUCCAUAGUCCCAAGGAGGUGAUGUUCUUAAAUGAGUUAGAAGAAAUUUUGGAUGUGAUUGAACCAAAUGAAUUUGUGAAGGUGAUGGUCCCAUUGUUUCGCCAGCUGUCCAAAUGUGUAUCUUCGCCACACUUUCAAGUUGCAGAAAGAGCUCUCUACUAUUGGAAUAAUGAAUAUAUAUUGUCAUUAAUCAGUGACAAUGCGCAAACCAUUCUCCCUAUCAUGUUUCCAGCACUUUAUAAGAAUUCCAAGUCACACUGGAACAAGACUAUACAUGGGUUAAUAUACAAUGCUCUUAAACUGUUUAUGGAAAUGAAUCAGAAGCUGUUUGAUGAGUGCACACAACAAUACAAAGCAGAACGACAGAAAGAGAAGGAGAAGUUACGAGAACGUGAAGAAGCAUGGCAACACAUAGAAGAUCUGGCGGUACAAAAUCCACUGUUCGACAAAUUCUCAUCAGAGAGUAAUGACCUGUAUAGUUCUUCUUUUAUCACCUCUCCGCAGGAUGAUAAUGAUUCAGAUUUCAGUUCUUAUAGCCUUGGAGGAGAAGCCACAGAGCAGGUGAAAAAGGUGCGCAAUAAGGAAAAACCUUUACUGCGAAGGAAGAGUGAGCUACCCCAUGAUCAGUACACAAUCAAGGCACUGAGUGACCACAAGCGAGCUGACGAUUAUCUCACAACGUCCCCAGAGUUAGCAGCCACCACCAGUUAAACGAUGAUCUCCUUGCUCUGAGAGAGAUAGUUUUUUUCAAAGAUAAAAUGAAGGAAGUUUAAAAAGAAGAGAGAAAGCAGAAUGAAAUAAUUAUAAAAAUAAAAAAAUAAAAUAAAUAAAAAAAAAAAAAGGUUAAAAAAAAUUUAGGUGGAAAUAAUGAAUCACUGAGGAUGAUUAUGAUGGCACUUCUAUGAGGCCAUUUUACAUUAGGGCUCCGAGCCACCUUGCACAGCGGCCGGGUGUGAAAAUGGUGCCGAAAUAUCCCAUUGCAACUCAGGAUUUUUAUUUUUUAUUAUUAUUAUUAUUAUUAUUAUUUUUUUUUUUUCUUUAAUUUUUUGUCUAAUGUUUGUUCACUUGCCUGAUAUUGUGAAGGAGAUGUAAUUAAUUGAUGAUUUAGGAAACCCUUCUAAUGGAUUAGUAGAUUGUUUAGGUAGAUAAAUAAAUGGAAAAUAGACUGACUUUCGCUCCCAUAUCAGAAGCCAAAGUGGAACACAUGAGACAAGGUUCAUUGUUAUCAUUUUUUAUUUAUUUAUAUUUCUUUUAAAACUAACUUUAAAGUCAGUUGUCUAUGCCAGAUGUUUCAGAAAUAUAAAGCGUCAUAGGAAUUUAUGAAAUAGGUUGUACCCUACUCAUAACUCAAAGUACUUUACAUAUUUCAUUUUGAUUUUUUAUUUAUUAUUUUUUUUCUUUCAUGUACAGAAAAUUUUGAAUUAUACCUAUUCCGAUGAUGUGAUGAUGUACAGUGAUAGAUUUUAUGAUAUUUUAAAAAAGAGAUUUCAGGUAAAUAAUCCUGUCAGGACUUGGUAAUACCUUAGAAAUUAUUUGAUAUAUGGUUUGACCAUGCAAAUAUGUGGCAUUGUAAAGCUUAUCAGAUGUUUUAGACUUCCAUAUAUGAAGGAAAAAAAGGGAAGUUUAUUUGAACCAGUGCAGUUCAUAUAGCAAAUUAUCAACCCUAAAACUUAAUGACUUGAUGUAGUAGGGCAUCAUGCAAGUAUAACUGAAGUCAUCUGAUUUUGGCAUUUACACAACCAGUGCAUUGAAAACAACUUUGGUCUGUGGGCAUGUCUGUUUGCCAUCAUAUGGGGAAGUUUGCAUGCUAAAAAGUGUGAAGUUUUGGUGUGAAUCUACUUAAAUGUAUCAGAUGAAUUAUACCUUCUAUGCAGCUAUGGGCCAUAUCAAGAAACUUUUACUCUUCCCAUUCUUGUAGGUGUUGUUUAUAAGUUGACUGUGGUGUUAGCUGUAUAAGUGAGCUUAAUCGUUUGUGAAUGGGAGGCAAGCAUAGCACUCGAUGCAUCAAACAGGUAAACCAAGAGUUCAAAUAUUCCCACCCGGGCUUAUUUAGCAUCUCAUUUUAUACCAAGAUUUCAGCAAUAUAGUAUAUAUGUAUAUAGGUGAUGGUGAGAAAUGAAAGGAAUGAGAGGCAUAAAUUUCCAAAUUCUGGUCAUGUUGAUAUUUCCUAUAAUUUGUUGAUCUGCAUAGGUUGUAGGGAAUGUUUGCCUUUCCUUUUUUUUUUUCCGAGAUUGAAUCACAAUUACUGUGAUCUAUCCUAAAUUUUUUAGUCUGGUUACCUUUUGUCUGAGAGGUUGUGAUUACCCAUUUGUAACAAAAUAGGCAUGCCCAUAUACUCAUUCCUUGUCUUACAGGGAGUAUAAAGAGUGAUGGUGAAUCUCCUGGUCGACUUAUACCUGUGACGAGAGGAGUGGCAUAGACCAUUGGGUAGCCAUUAUUACGGUUGUCUGCUUAUAUGUUCUGUUCAGACCAAAAGACUUAAUAAAGGAGACUUGUUGGAGGGGUAUUUUUUGUGUUGUUGAAAAUAUUAAAAAAAAAAAAAUUACUUGAAAGAGCAGAAUGGUUAAUAGUUGCUAAUAACUUGCAUCAGAAAACAUUUAAUGGGAGUCUAAUUCUAACAAAUGCCCUAGAUGAACUCUAAAUAACUUGGUAUAGAUAGUACUGCAAUGAUUUAAGGAAUAAAGUGUAGGUAAUAAACAUUUUAACAGAUAGUGUUAGUCCCCCAUGUGGAAUAUGUUGUGUUACUAUAUUCAGAUAGUUAUAACCAGAGUUUAUUGCAAGAUUAUGUUGUACCAUAUUUUAGGAAUAUUACUUCUGAUUCCCCAACCUAUUGCUGGUUUAGAUAUGUCAAUAAAAUUGCCAUAAAUUGAUCCUUAUAAGAUUCCAUGCUCUGCAGGGUAUAUAGUAAGUACAGCGAGGCCAAUUUCACCAUCACAUGAAUGUCUGCAUGUAUGUUUUGUAAGUAGUAGCAAGAGCCCUAUCUAUGAGAGGUAGUGAUAUCUGAGCAUUAUACAUGUGUUGAAAUCUGUAACUUGUAGUCUUUCCAAGAGGCUUCGUCUGCUUCAAUAGAAGGUGAAAGCCUUGUCAGAUUUCUUACAUUUGGGCUCAGUCGAGUAGAUCACAUCACCAAAGGGCUGUGUUGUAAUACAUAAUCCAGUGAUAUCUUGACAAGAUCCUUUGGUAGAUUCCCCCCCUCCCCUUCCUGUAACACCACAGUCCUCCCACCUUGACCCUUUCUACCCUGCAAAUAACCAUUGGACUCCUUUCUCACUGUUGUAUCCCAUGUUUUGAUAUAAUUUAUCUGUGCUGUUGGUAGGCCCAGUUGUUACAGUUAUCUUUUUCCUCUUGGCUUUCAUUAUCUUCCCUUGCAAUUUUCCUCUUUGUAUCUGAAUUGCCUUAGAGCUUCAAAGUCUUCAUAAUACCACCCAGCCUUGCCUAUCUCAUCCCAACUUUUCACUCACCUUUGUUGCCAUCUAACACAUUUUUACCAAAUUUGUAGCGUAGUACUCAAAUCCGUGAAAUAGAAAUCCGAGCCUAAGCAAGUGUGUGAACAGUUGCUCCUGCUCUUGCUCCUUUUCCUUUUCCUUAAAUUGUUCCAUUGUGCAGAAUACACAAAAUGCAGUAUGAGAGGGAAAUGACUGUCUCUGUGAGACUCUUCUGCUAAACACUUGGUGGCCCCUUUAUUCUGCUCACCCUAGCAGAGCAGAGAACAGAGAAGUUGGUGGAAGAGGUUAAGGUGACAAUUACAGGGGUACAAAAAACAGGGGUCCUCUCAGUUUUAGAUGCCUCCAUUCCAUUUUGUUGGUUUGGCUUCAGUCAUUUGAAUCAGAAAAGAGGCACUAAUGUACUGUGAAAAAUCCAUUGUACUAAGACCACCAAUCAUGAGAACCCUGCAAGUCUUAGCACUCUGCUAAUCCAUGAUCCUUUUCAUUUCUCUCUCUCCAUAUCAUGCAAGAGUUCAUAUUGCAUACAUAAUUGUGCAAAUGACAUAAAUUUAACAUCAUCCCAUUUAAAGAUGUAUAGGUAAGAAAGGAACUUCAUCACUUUUGUUAAUUUAAUGAACAACUUUAUUUUUCUGCAUCAGCUUCACUCAUUCAUAUCUUCUCAAAAAAAUCAUCUGUCAUGACUUCAUCCUACCUCAGGCUCACAUCAUUCAGUCCUCAUCUCUCACUGCUCCUAGUUUAUCACAGGAAUACAUAAACAAAUGCUUGUUAUCAUUUCAUGAUAAGCUAAGCCAAACUCUGUUGAUUACUUUUAAUAAUUUCUUGUAGUACUGAGCAGAGAGUUAGCAUGCUCAUUUACAUUAAUAGAUUUCUUACCAUCUGAACCUUACCCCCGUUCCACAAGCAAUCAACCUUUUCCAUCAUCCCAUUAAAGUUUUAUUUCGGUGCUGUCUCACCCUAGGUGUUAGGAACCCAAGAUGCUGUGAGAUGAUAAUUAAAAGUCUGCUUGGAGAGUACUCCAUCUGCCAGAUAGGUGGAUGAAAGAGCCUGAUAGUUGACCAGAUAUCAUCAAUGCUUGUACAGGUGUCAAGUCAGGAGAUUCUGUCAUCCAGCUUCCAGAGGUUGUGUUCUCCAAACAGAUUCUCUGUAUUAUAAGAAGGCUAACAGUAGAUAAGCCGCUAUGUAUUAUUAGGCUAUACUGGCAGUCAUGAUAAAUGAGUAAGUGUAUAAGCCUUGUAAAGACAUAAACAUGUAUAACCUUUUGUUUGGUGGGUCUGAAGCAGUGUUAAAGUAUAUCACAGUCAAUGCUUUUAUUAUUUUUGCUUACAUGGAUGGACUAUGACUCAGUUGCUUCUAAGCCACCAUUUCUAUUUUGAUAGUAGGAGAAACUGCUCAAUGUCUUUUCUUCAUGAAAACACAAAAUGCCCCAGGUAUAAUGUGACCUAGCAUUAGGGAUUUUGGCUUACUUUAAAUAUUAAAUGACAGUGGGGUAAGCCUUUUGUGACCUUGGUAGAAGUCCAUAAUAAUUAAAGUUUGUACAUUUAACUGUCAUUGCAGUUGCAGGUACCAUUUUGUAAUCCUGCAAUGAUGGCCGCCCAGACUUUAGUAGUCCCAGUGACAUUACAUCCGGUACAAUACACCUGUGUAUUCUUGCUGUGUGAAAAAUAAGUAUUUGCUAUGCAUUGAGAUCGAUGAGCAUAGUUGUGGUCAGAAUGAUUCUUUUCGUCCAUAUGAUAUCAAAUUGUUUUGUAUUGUUAAUUAUUUCACAUGCUUAAUUGGAAGCAACUUGGGGUUUGACAUCCCUUCCCUGUCAGACAUAACAUCUGGCAGGAGAAGGUGGAGGAGUGCAUUCCUUUAGAAAGACUUAUGACUUCUUGCCUUACAUGGGUCUUCUCUAAUUUUUCUUGUAUUUUUUGUCUUUUUUAUUUUUAUUGCAUUACAUUCCAGGAGCUGUGGUGUCAUUUUUAUCUUUCGCAUGAGGAAUCAACUUAAAUUGCAGUGAACUUAAAUAAAGUGGAGGACUGAAUGUUACUUUCUGAUUCAUAAAUAAGUAAAACAAUUUACCUCUAUUAGGGUUCAUCAAUUUUAGGAGAUAGCUUGCAAAUCAUAACAUUUCUUCCAUAUUUGCAUCAACCAAUGUAUUGUCUUGGUUUCCUGUAUAUCACUGAAGUGUCCAUUGUGCUACCUGACCCUAUAUACCAGUUUCUCCCUAUCUCUUUCUUCCGAGAAUUUCACUACUAGAAUCAGGUAUUAGAUUUUGCUGUUGAACAAAUACAGUUUUCUUUCAUCAUAACAUCAUUGCUCUCUCUCCCCCCUCCCCCCCCAGUGCCUAUUUGCUGGUUGACGAAAAGAAAGCUGUUUGGAAUAUUGUAAACUUACUCUAAUGUGAUGCUUUGUGAGAGUGGCAAGGGAAUGGUUAACAAACUAAACUUGAGGAAAACUGAUCACCCUUCAGGAAAUUAUGGCUGUUGCACUCUUGCAGUAGGAAAAAAAAAAAAAAAAUAUAGUGGAUAAGGUCACUAAUCAGUUUGCUGGAGUGAGUGCAAGAAUUUCCUAAGAUAUUCUUUUCUCAAAACAGCUCUUUUGAAGUAUACUGAAGCAAAAUUGACCAUUAUGUUCUUAGAAGGCCAUUGAUGAAUGUGUUGUAUGCCAAGUUGUGGAUAAGGAAGAGAAAUAAGUUUGGACGAUUUUGGAUCGAAAGGUGAUUGUGCUUUUCAGUGUUAUUCAUUGCUUACUUUAGAAACUUCAAGGUUUGGUGCCUCUCAAGUUUCAAGAAACACUUUUUUGUUAUUAGAUGAUUAUUUAAACAUCCAGCUGGUAUUGAUUAAAGCAUAAUGAGAGGACGAUCCAUCAUCUAGAGCUUAUUUCGUACCUUAACCAUCUUACCAUUUGGUGUUCCACCCUUGUGUUCUGUAUAUCAUCAUUAAAGAAGCCAUACCAACCUGUCAGAUCAUUACUUGUUUGAUUUGUGUCACUCAUUUUCCUUAAUUUUUGUUUAUAGAAUUGUCUUUAUCUUUUAAGUGUAAAUGUGGAAAUAGAAUAUUAACAAUAAAUGAUCUGCUAUGGCA